AUGCCGUUCCGGCACAAGGAGACGGUGGAGGUGUGCCACAGACGAACGGGGUUCGUGGCGGACGCGUACUACCUUCGAGCGACGUUCAUGGCGGCGAUGGGAGGGACCCACAGCCUGGUCCAAUACGAGACCCGCUACACCGACGAAGCAAUGACGACCCUUAAGACGGAGAUCGUCGACGACGACUUCUUGAGGCCCGUCCCGCCCUCCCCCAGCAACCGCACAGACUACGCCGUCUCUCAGAAGGUCGACGCCUACGACGACGGCGCGUGGUGGGUCGGCCGGAUCUCCGCCGUCCACGACAAUCAAUCCCCCGCCGAAGCUCCGGAGUUAUCCGUACGCUUGGACACUAAUGGCGGCGUGUACAGGUUUCCAUUUUUCAGGCUCAGGAACCAUCUUGAUUGGCGCAACGGCGAGUGGGUCCAACCCGGUCCAUCGCGCGCGUAUGUAACCUUAAAACGACUGCCACUUUCUUGUCGUUCUUGA